CUGCAGGUAGCCAAAGCACUGGAAUAUCUCCAUGAACAUCGUAUUAUUUAUCGCGAUCUAAAAUGUGAAAAUGUCCUUACUUGGCGAUUUCCACCACCAUUCAGUGCCAUUACUGAUGUUCUUGUUAAACUGGGUGACUAUGGAAUAUCACGAAGCUCUUUUCCAUCGGGUGGCGCAAAAGGUUUCGGUGGCACAGAAGGCUUCAUGGCCCCGGAAAUAAUGCGGUACAAUGGAGAGCAAGAAUACACGGAGAAAGUAGCCAAAGCACUGGAAUAUCUCCAUGAGCAUCGUAUUAUUUAUCGCGAUUUAAAAUGUGAAAAUGUCCUUACGUGGCGAUUUCCACCACCAUUCAGUGCUAUUACUGAUGUUCUUGUUAAACUGGGGGACUAUGGAAUAUCACGGAGCUCUUUCCCAUCGGGUGGUGCAAAAGGUUUUGGCGGCACAGAGGGUUUCAUGGCCCCGGAAAUAAUGCGCUACAAUGGAGAGCAAGAAUACACGGAGAAAGUUGACUGUUUUUCGUUUGCGAUGUUUCUGUAUGAGCUGAUCAGCUUGAAAUUACCAUUCGAUGGGCACGAGUUGCUCAAAGAAUAUGUACUGGAUGGUGGACGACCACGGCUUACACCUUCAGAAUUGCUAUAUCCAUGUAAUGUACUCGAUGUGAUGGUUGUUUGUUGGGCAACGCAACCGGUGGAUCGUCCUUCUGCUUCGCAGAUCGUUUCAAUGACAACAGCUCCAGAAUUUACACACCUCCUCGAUGUUAUAUCAUUGAAUGAUCCUGAUUCUGAAGUUAAUGCAGGCAUCGCAUUUCCAUCUCUCGAUGACGUAGAAAUGAAUUCCAAUAUCGAAGACAGUGUUGAGGGAGAGGUUUGGAUGAGCAGAUCCGAUGGUUCUAUCACCGUGCUCGGCUGCAAUCAGUACGGGUGGCUAGAUUCGAAGAGUAUCGCGCUUGGUACCGAUAGAACAGUGAUUUUGGCGAUGUGCACUAUCAACGAAAAUGUGUGGCUUGCAGAAUCGACGGGAAUUUUGAGGAUUUAUUGGUGA